GCAGCGCGGCGCAGAGCAGCGGGGCCAUGGGCAGCGCAGCGGGCGGCCCCCGGGCCACCACGCCGGGACAGCAGCUCCGCGCUCUUUUCUACGUGCUGCCGCCCGGAGAGAGCUCCUUCCGCACGCUGGAGGAGGUGCCCGACUACGUGGAGAAGAGUAUUCCAUUCUUCAUUGCUUUUAUUGUGUUGGAGUUUGCUGUCAGCUGGGUUCAGAAGCGUAAGCUGUCAGGUCGAAUCAAUGAUGGCAUAAGUUCUCUUUCUUUAGGUAUCCUGUCUCGACUGCCAGAUGUUUUAUUCAGAAGUGUCGACUUAAUUAGUUAUAUCUAUGUAUGGAAUAACUACAGACUCUUUGAACUGCCCUGGGAUUCGCCAUGGACAUGGUAUUUGACAUUCCUGGGAGUGGACUUCGUAUACUACUGGUUUCACCGCAUAAGUCAUGAGGUUAAUAUACUGUGGGCAGCACACCAGGUACAUCAUAGUUCUGAAGAUUACAACUUAUUCACAGCGUUGAGACAAUCUGUACUGCAGAAAUACACCUCCUGGAUGUUCAACUUGCCAAUGGCUCUUUUCAUUCCACCAUCAGUAUUUGCUGUUCAUCUACAGUUUAAUCUACUUUACCAGUUUUGGAUACAUACAGAGGUUGUCACCAAUAUUGGUCCUUUGGAGUGGAUUCUUAACACUCCCAGUCAUCACAGAGUUCAUCAUGGCAGAAAUCGUUACUGCAUUGACAAAAAUUAUGGUGGCACACUCAUUAUCUGGGACAGGAUAUUUGGAACAUUUGAAGCAGAAGAUGCUAAAGUUGUAUAUGGCUUAACACAUCCAGUAAAUUCAUUCGAACCCAUUCUGCUCCAGUUACGUCCCUUGGCUCAUAUUUGGAACACGUUUUGGGCCACACCUGGAUUUUGCAAUAAGCUUUCUGUCCUAUUCAAAGGGCCAGGCUGGGGACCAGGCAAACCUAGACUUGGCCUUCCUGAGGAAAUCCCAGUGAUCACUGGAAAAGAAGUUCCAUUCAACCCAAGAGUACCAGCUUACCUUAAUUGCUAUGCAGUAGUGCAUUUUGCAGUGAUAAUGGAGCUGUAUAUUGACCUUCUUGCUACUGUGACUGUGUUAUCACAGGGAACUAUUCUGCUGAGAAUUUUCUUUAUCAUUCUGUCCCUGACCUCUUUUGGAUUUCUUAUGGAGAACAGGCCCAAAGCAGGAAUUCUGGAAAUCAUCCGCUGCUCAGUCUUCUUAGGUGUAUACAAACUUGGCUACUUAAGGAAUCAGCUUUCUUUGUUGGACUGUGCAUAUGAAAAAACCUUGAUCAUCUGCUUGUUUCCACUGUUGACAGACAGAUGUUUCUUCAUUUCAUAGACAUUGUGACAGAAGGAGCAGGCACUCACUGAGCGCUGCAGGUCUUGUUUUCCCUCUGCACUGCAUUCUGGGGAACCCAAGUUAUGAAACGGAUCACUUCUUCCAAAGAUAAACAUCCCUGAAAGAACAGAACUAACAUCACUUUAAUUAUGGAUACAGCACUUUGGAAUAACCUUCUAAGUUCCUUGGAAUUAAUCAGCUAUGACUCUUACUGAAUUGCAGUCAUUUCACAUAUGAUAAGAGAGAUUUGUGAUUUUAUAUGAAGGUUUGAAAGAUUCAUUGGAAAGUGCAUUUAUUUCUGGGUUUUAAAAAUAUUUAAUUUACCCCCCAAUUUAAAUAAAAUUUUCUUUCACAGCAUAUUUUUUCAUUCAAGGGAUCAAAAAGUCUUAGAAACCAUGUGAAACUAAUGACAUUUUACAGUAAUUUUAUUAGUAUUAAAUCAUAUAUGAAAAGUAUUUUUCACAAUAGGAAUAAUUAAAAUCAUGUUUUUAGCAACC